AUGGCCGACCCGCCGCCCCCGGACGCGCACCCGGAGCAAUCCCCCGCCACCGAGAAGCCCCCCGCGGCGCCUCUGACGCCCGAACCCGAGGAUGCGGCGGAGCAGGAUGUCGAGUCGGAGGUGGAUGAGGAGUACGUGAGCGACCCCGACGACGCUCUCCCGGAGAUGCGUCGCCGGGAGGCCAGCGACGACGAGGGGUCCGAGGAAGGUAGGCGGCCUCCCAGGGCGCGGAUCGACCCCGACCACGACGACGACGGCCAAGGUGCCCCGGAGGAUUACGAGGGCGAAGUGGAGGAGGAGGAGGACGAGGACGAGGAAUACUACGAUGAUUUGUUGGAUGAUGAGGAGGUGGGCGAGGGGCUCGAGGAGGAGUAUGAUGGCCACGCUGUGCCGCCCAAGGAGGUCGCCGCCGGCCAGGGGGAGGCGGACGAGAAGCCUGGGGAGGAGGGAGCUGAGGCUGAGGCUGAGGCUGAGGCUGACGGCGAAGAGAAGAAGGAGCAGGAGCCAUUCGCGGUGCCCACCUCCGGCGCGUUUUACAUGCAUGACGACCGGUUUCAGGAGGACGGCCGGGGCCGACGCAGGCGAAUGCUUGGUGGGAGGAAGUUAUGGGAUGCUAAAGACGAUCAAGCAUGGGUGCAUGACAGAUUCGAGGAGAUGAACGUGCAUGAGGAGCGCUAUGAAGAUAAGCGAAUGUCAAGAGGCCGUUUUAGAGGUCGUGGUAGUGGAGGUAGGACUAGAGGCACUGCCCAUGGAUUUUCAAGAGGGAGGUACCACAGUUAUCACGAAGAUAGCGACAACCAAAAUCAUAGUGAAAACCAGAACCGGCCCCAAAAGAUUGUCCGCGGGAGAGGACCCAGACGUUAUGACACAAUUGCAAAGAACAACCGAGAUGUUGUCGGGUUCCAACGUAAACAACCAACAAGAUCUCGCGAACUGGUCGCUCAUUCUGCAGCGGCCAGAGAGCCUGGCCAAAUUUCAAAUGCACAUUCGGAAGCAGUUCCUGCUAAAAAGAAUGUUGUCAAUUCAAGCUUAAAUUCUGCGUCACCACCAUUUUAUCCCUCUGGUGCCUCAAACCAACUGGGAGCUCAAAGAAGGGACAUACAACCAGGAGGUUCAAAUAAGGUUCAUCCAUCUUCCAUGAAGAUGGAUGACAACAUGAAGCUACAAUCUGGUCCAGUAGUUAGAGGGAAAGGAACCACGGACUAUGGUGGACGCGAUAGGUUUCAUGCCGAGGGUCCUGUUAGACCAUCUCCUGCAAGAAGUGUAGGAGGAUCAUCAUACUCAUCAGGGUUUGCAUCAUCAUCAAUUAAUUCUGGUCAAUCCCCUAAUAACAGGGCUCAAGGGGGAAAUGCAAGCAUUGGUGUUCCUUCACAUAAUCGGCCCACACCAUCAUUUCAGCAAACUUCUAGAGUUUCUACGCAACAGCAAAAUCAUACCUCAAUUAUGCACCAGAAGUCAGGCCAAGCACCUAGUCAAGCUGCAAUGAGAAUCCCAACUCAGCAGGUGAGCCAUCGGACGGGCAAUGCUUCACCAAGUGCUCAGCACCUACCUGCUAGAUCAACUGAAAGUGACGAGAAUGGUUCAUAUCCUAGUUCAAAUCAAUCCAAGACAUCUGAGGUGGAAAAAACCAACAAAGAAACUGGACGGGGCUCCUUCAUGUAUGGUGGAGCCCAGGUUAUUGGGGCUGCUGGUCUUGCCCAGGGCGAGCAAAAUUUUCCUGGCACCCCAGCUCUCCUGCCAGUGAUGCAAUUUGGCGGCCAGCAUCCAGGUGGGCUUGGAGUUCCUACUGUUGGUAUGGCCCUCCCUGGCUAUGUGGCUCAGCAGCAGCUGGGAAGGGGAAAUAACGAAAUGGCGUGGUUACCACUAUUGGCUGGUGCAGCUGGGGCUUUUGGAGGAUCAUAUCCACCUUACAUUACCCUUGAUCCAAGCUUUUACUCUAGGUCUUCAGGACAGACGUCGUCGUCAGUUCCAUCCAGGGAAGGUAAUGUUAACCAUGGGGCUAAAUCUCCUCCCCAAAACGAUAUUGUGACUGAAGAGCUUGAUCAGCGCCAGAACAAGCAUAGGAGAUACUCAGAGAUGAACUUCAGUCAGUGA